AUGACGCGGCCUACACUGCUGGUGCAGGAUCACCAGCAGCAAGAUCUCCGCCCCACUCUGCUGCGUUCGAGAGGACCUGAGGCAGCGAAUCAGCAUCCAUUGCUGCUGCAGUACAAGGGAAUCGCAGCCGCAACAGCAGACACAGCGACAGCAGCGCCGGCACCAGCAACAGCAUUCUCACCCUCCGAGCAGGAGAUCCUGAGGGAAGCAUUCAAUGUCUUUGAUCGGGAUGGAGAUGGGUUGCUACAAGCCAGCGAAUUUCGCGCCGCUUGUACCGCCCUCGGUGUACAGACCCCCGAACCCAUGGCGGCAAAGAUGCUAUUGUUGGAGGGUCGUGGAUCAGGUGUUUCCUUUUCUGAAUUCUGCAACUUCGCAUGCGGGUCGUUUUCACUGGAAGAAGAUAUCAGCGAAGCGGGUAAUCUUUUUAAGCUUUUUGACCACGGCGACAAAGGAUACUUGACACUGCGAGAUCUGGCCGAAGCGUCAGAGUGCUGCGGCGGUGCAUUUUCUGUUGAGCAGCUCGAGCUGAUGCUCCGGCAUCUCUCCCCGGAUGGCAGUGGCCAUGUGUUUUUGCAGCAAUUUAAAAAGCUCUUUACCAACAAGCAGCGACUUGCACCCAGGAAUUAG